AUGUCUACCUCCGGUGGUAGCAAAAGAAACUUUGACAUCAAAGAAGAAGAUCACAACAAUGACAUCCCCCAAGGCCCACUCCCUGGCUUGAAACGACAUGAUUCCUUAGAUAUUGAGUCCUCUAGAUUUCCCGACCACCAUGACCGUCACAACACCGAGGGUAACUGGAGAGCAAUAGUCAAACUAGCGUUUCAGAGCAUUGGGGUGGUUUAUGGUGACAUCGGGACAUCACCGUUGUACGUGUAUGCAAGCACUUUCUUCAAUGGGAUCAAGCAUGAAGAUGACAUUUUGGGUGUUUUGUCAAUCAUCUUUUACACCAUCACGUUAAUUCCUGUUAUUAAGUACAUUAUGAUCGUGUUACAUGCCAAUGAUAAUGGCGAUGGGGGUACUUUUGCAUUGUAUUCGAAACUGUGUCGAUAUGCAAAGGUGGGUUUGAUCCCAAGUGAGCAAGUGGAGGAUCAGGAGGUGUCAAAUUUCCGACUUGAAUUGCCCAACAAAACAAACAAAAUAGCGUCAAAGAUAAAGAAAAGUCUCGAGAGUAGAAACUUUGCCAAGUUUUUGCUUCUAUUUGCCGCCAUGCUUGGAACCUCUAUGGUUAUCGGCGACGGCAUCCUCACUCCGUCCAUCUCAGUUUUAUCGGCCGUGUCAGGGCUUAAGAAAGCAACAAGUACCAUAACAGAAGGAAGUAUCGUUGUGAUAUCCGUGGUAAUCUUGAUGACGUUAUUCAUGGUUCAAAGGUUUGGUACUGACAAAGUUGGAUACACCUUCGCCCCUAUUAUUUGCGUCUGGUUCUCCCUCAUUGUUGGAGUCGGUGUCUACAAUUUUUUCAAGUUCGACCCUUCGGUCGCUAAAUCCAUAAACCCUAAAUACAUCAUUGAUUACUUCAAGCGAAACAAAAAGGACGCCUGGAUUUCACUUGGUGGCAUCGUCCUCUCCAUUACCGGAACCGAGGCGAUGUUUGCUGAUGUUGGACACUUUACAGUCAAAUCGAUACAAAUAAGCAUGGGUUGUGUGGUUUAUCCGGCCUUGAUCACAGCAUACAGCGGUCAGGCGUCGUGGCUAAGAAAACACAAAGAUGAAGUGGUGGACACGUUCUAUAACUCGGUGCCCGAUGGGUUGUACUGGCCGGUGUUUGUAGCAGCUGUUAUGGCGGCAAUUAUAGCAAGUCAGGCGAUUAUAUCGGGGACAUUUUCCAUCAUUAAACAGUCGCUUUCGCUAGGGUGCUUUCCCCGAGUUCAAAUCGUGCAUACUUCAACCAAGUAUGAAGGACAAGUUUUCAUACCGGAAAUGAACUAUCUUCUUAUGAUUGGUUGUGUUCUUGUUACUGUUACAUUCAAAACUACAGAAAAGAUCGGACAUGCUUAUGGAAUCGCGGUGAUAUUUGCCGAGACGCUUACGUCAUCAUUCAUGGUUGUGAUCAUGCUCGUCAUAUGGAAAACGAACAUACUUCUAGUGAUCUUAUAUGUUCUCAUGAUUAGCACCACGGAAUAUAUCUACUUAAGUUCGGUUCUCUACAAAUUCAGCCAAGGUGGAUACUUGCCAUUCUUGUUUGCGAUCGCGCUAGUGUUCAUAAUGUGCACAUGGAACUACGUUUACCGUGCGAAAUACAAUUACGAGAUCAAUCACAAAGUCUCACAGGAAGUCAUAAAAGACAUGAUUAUGGACAUGAACAUUAGUCGUAUGCGAGGACUCGCAAUCUUCUACUCUGAGCUCGCCCAUGGCAUUCCCCCAAUCUUUAAACACUAUGUUGACAAUGUACCUGCUUUACAUUCGGUUAUUGUGUUUGUUUCAAUCAAGUCGUUGCCAAUAAGUAAGGUUCCUACAGAAGAAAGGUUCUUGUUUCGUAGAGUGAAGCCAAACGAGUUGUAUGUGUUUAGGUGUGUGGUGAGGUAUGGGUACACAGACAUGCGCAAUGAGAAUGAGUCAUUUGAGAAGAUUUUGAUCAAACGCUUAAAGGAUUCUAUUGAAUCUAAUUACGGAGUACUUGAAGAACAAGGUCGUACUGUAGAAGAGGAUGUUGCGACACUAGAGAAAGCAUCACGAACUGGAAUCGUGCAUUUAGUGGGCGAGCACGAGAUUGUUUCGAGGAAAGGGUCUUCCAUUGGGAAGAGAUUCUUAAUAGAUUAUGCUUACAAUUUCAUGAAGAAGAAUUUGCGGAAAAGUUACAAUGUGUUUGAAAUUCCUCAGAAACGGAUGUUGAAGGUCGGAAUGACGUACGAGCUUUAA